CGGUUCCAAGCCAUAAGCUACCGCAAGUAGCAGGUAGUAGGCAGCACCAACGAUAGCGAGGCACCAACAAGACGUUAAGGCCCUGUAUUGUGCGUUCGACGUCGCUGCCACGGGACCCGCCGCCGACGGCAGGCACGUCGCAGAGGGCUACAGCGGGCCUGUGGGGCGCAGCAAGGCAUCAUAAACUGGGCGACAGCGACACCGACAGGCCGGUCUUCGGUCUCUCCAUAACCCCGGCCACCUCACGAUGGGCACCCUCCUCGGUCAUGUCCUGCCGGGCGUCGCCUUCCUGCUGACUGGUCUGUGGUGGACGUACAACAUCUUCGAGCGCUACUUCCAGACGCGCCAGGCGCCUCGCCAGUUCCAGGCCAGCUUGUCCUUCCCCAUUCGCAGAGGGUCUCGCGUCCCGUGGGACUGCCUCAUUCUUCUCGGGCUCAUGGUCGUCGGCAUCAUAGGCGAGAUCGUCACCGGCUGGCGCGAUGGUCGCCUGGUGGAGAUGGGAAACGGGCAGCACGCCACCAUGUACAUGUGCUUCGCGCUGGCCGCUGCCGCCGAGGCGGCGCGCCGCACGGGCGUGGGGCUCGUGCCAGGCCUCGAGCAUGCCAUCUGCGCCAUGGCCUUCGUCGCCGAGGCGUUGCUGUUCGCAUUCCACGGACACGGCACUUCCGACAUGGAGAUGUUGGUGCACCACCUGCUGCUGUACGUGGUGCUGGGCAGCGCGGCCGCCACGCUGGCCGAGCUGACCUGCCGGCGCAGCGUACUGCCGGCGCUGGCGCGCUGCUUCUUCACCCUGCUGCAGGGUACCUGGUUCAUCCAGGUGGGGUUCAUUCUGUUCCCACCGGCCGGCUGGCACGGCUGGGACGUCAACAGUUACAGACAGCAAAAGCUGGCAACCGCAGCAUUUGUUUGGCAUUGGACCGGUGUGCUUGUUGCCAUGGCGACCAUGGGCACGCUGCUUCGAUUGCGGACUCGCACCGGCGCCCCGGUGCGUAUGGCCGGAGAGAGCGAUGGACGCGGCACUCGGCCCGACUCGACCAAGCUGCUACUCUCGUCCGAGGACGAGCUGUGAGCCGGCCGGACACGCCUCGACCACCGGACUAGCUCGGCCGGAUAUGCCUUGUCCACCGGGCUGACUCGGCCAGACAUGCCCCGGCCACCAAGCUGACUCGGCCAGACAUGCCUCGGCCACCAAGCUGACUCGGCCAGACAUGCCUCGGCCACCAAGCUGACUCCGCCAGACAUGCUUCGUCCACCGGGCUGGCUCGGCCAGACAUGCCUCGGCCACCAAGCUGACUCGGCCGGACAUGCCUCGGCCACCGGGCUGGCUCGGACAGACAUGCUUUGUCCAUCGGGCUGACUCGGCCAGACAUGCCUCGGCCACCGAGCUGACUCGGCCGGACAUGCCGGGGCCACCGGGCUGACUCGGCCGGACACAGCACCGACGCAGAGCAACAGUGAACGACAUCCACUCACGGGGCGGACGGAGACGGCUGCUAAACGCUGCAGCACAGGACGAACGAGGCUCACGACUCACUUGACCUGCUUUCAAAUAGACUCGCCUCGAAAAUUCGCAGGCUGAGCUCAGUGGUUACGCAGUAGCUACAGGGACAAGGCAGACAUCUCGCUGUCCAUCAGAAACUGUUCCGGUCUGCCUCUGCGGCAAAUGCGACAGCGUUGCAUUGUACAGCAAUACUGUGUUGAAGGUCGCCUGGACAUCAAACGGCGGGGAUCGCAGCUGUAUAUGGCUGUGUAACCGACAGUGCUGGGACGCCCGGCUGUCCCAGGCGGCCGCGGCAUGCACACCAGGUGGCCGGGUUAAAGCGAGUCAGUUUUGUUAGCCUGCACCGACCGAGGGGACCCAGGGGUCCACGCUUACACGUUUUGAGGUCGCCAGAGUCGUACGCCUUGUGAGACACGGUCGGCGUUGAGCUUGUUUUCUGUGUCUUCUGCUGAAAAUGUUCAAUAGCGUUGUAAUGAUCACGCGUUUGAAAGCCUUCGCAUUUUUGUGAACGUUUGUUGAUUGUCGUUGACAAGCAGGUGACAUCCUGUUGAUUUCUGUCCGCUGAUGGCGCCCGCUCUGUCGGCCGUGCGCGCUCUCGGACCACACGUGCGUCAUCUCGUCUCUCGAAUGCCGCGGUAAGCACAUACGCUUGCAUUAAAAGGGCUGUCACGGG